CGCACGCCAACGAACGUCAGUAUCACCCACCGGGCCACGCGCGUUUUUCGCCGCCACCGUCGAAUUUCGGUCCGUUUGUCGUCGUCGUUUCAAUACCUCCAUAUGACAAUAUCUGCACGUCUUCUAUAUGUGACGAUAACAAUAAUAAUCGUAUUGCAUGAGAUUACGAUUAGAUUUUUCAAUUCUAGUCGCGUGGCAUCGGUAUCAUUUUGCUCGGAAAGUUUAAACCGAAAACCGCGGUGCACCUGAGACGACUAUCUGUCUGCAGCGUAGCUUUCGUUUCGAACGUUGUAUUAUAUUUUUAUACACCUUCCAAUUAUAGUCAUCAACUAAACGUAGAUAUUAUAAUUUUUUUAUUUACUUUUAUUGUUUAUUCGAAUAAAUUAUGAUCAAUAGCCCGCGUGAACAACAGGUGCAGGACGAACCGGUAGAUCAUCCGAAGAUACUAUCGUCUUUCAACAACCGAAAUCCGUCAUAUACGGAAGUAAUCGAAAACAGUGAAAUAGAAAUCGAUAAGAGAAACGGAAUAUAUGACGUCCCCCAACAAACGGAAAACGUAUACGUGCAUUUGUCGAGUAAACCAAUUAGCCAAAUGAUAGAAAACUGGAAUCCAGAAGACCGUGCGGCGGUGAUGUAUCAGCAAAAUUCUAUGAAAACCGAAUUGAGAUCACCUGCAGACUGUUGUGGUAGGUCUACGCGGUAUUUCACAGAUCAUUACUAUCCGCACUCGCCAACCAACUUCAGAAGCCUGGCCACUAGAAACCUAUACUAUGAUUAUUACGAUCCACCUGCAAUGGUGACGCACAAGAAAGAUCCAGACUCCAAGGCCUAUUACGGGCAGGACGCCAAUGACAACGCCACAAGAUAUUCGACACAAGGUGGUUCUUCGCUAUUUUUGAGCACGUCCGACGUGUUCAACUACCAUCACUCGACGCACAUGCACAUACAACCACCUCCUUAUCCACCCCCGCAUUCACCGCCGCCUCCACUACUGCCACCGACGAUAACCAUUAACAAGGAUCAUCAGGACGGAGAUGUCUCAGACUUAAAGACCGCCGCAUCUUUAGGCCAAGACGGUAAUGGAGGAGGGUACGCUGGAGUCGCCGCGCCACCUCAACCCCAGCGCAGGGGGGCAUUGCAGCUGUGGCAGUUUCUGGUCACGUUGCUGGACGACCCGAACAACGCGUCGUGUAUCGUAUGGACCGGAAGGGGCAUGGAGUUUAAACUGGUCGAACCGGAAGAGGUGGCUAGACGAUGGGGAUUACAGAAGAACAGACCGGCAAUGAACUACGACAAAUUGAGCCGGUCACUCAGGUAUUAUUACGAAAAGGGGAUCAUGCAGAAAGUGGCUGGCGAACGGUACGUUUACAAAUUUGUUUGCGACCCCGAGGCGCUCUUCAACAUGGCGGCCACGUACGAUUACGCAGCAGUAUCCGAUACGUCCGGUGGGCACGGUGGUGUGGUGGCCACGACUGCGGGCCAUCACCAUCAUCUUCACCACCACCAUCACCACCAUCAUCACCAGCAGCUGGCCACUAGGUACGCCGCUGCCGCAGCCGCAGCCGCCGCUGCUGCUGCGGCCGCUGCCACCGCCGCGGCCAACAUGCACACCGCAGGCGGUGCAGUUCCGUCGGUGUACGGUGACCCGACGCCGGUGGUUGGAUCUGACGUUGACGGUGGCGGCUCUUACGCUUGCACUUACGGCGGUGGCGGCGACGGAGGCGGUAAAUCCGUCACGGUCAUUACCGCCACUACUGCAGCGUCGACGAACGCGACAACCACUCCCCCCACAUCAUCACCGUCAUUGUCGUCGUCCACUUCGUCUUCGUCGUCCUCGUCGUCUACGUCAUCGUUGGCCGACGGUGGUGGCGUCAAGGCUGAAGCCGACAGAGACUGUAAGUCGACGGUGGUGGCUGCCGGCAGACGCCAUCACCAUCACCAACUUCAAAGGCCAGAAAUGGCGGUCGACCGUCACCAACACCAUCUUCAACACCACCAACACCACCACCACCACCAACUCCACCAGCAGCAGCAACAAUUACAACAGCAGCAUCAACGUCACGGAGAAGAAAUGACCGUCGAUCAUCGUCAUCACCAACACAAUCACCCGGCAUUGGUGGUCGACACAGCCACCACCACCAUGGCCGGCGAUGGAGCCGGUUACUGGUCUGCUGGCGUCUUCGUCCGAUAAUACUUAUAUAGUAUUAUACUAUUAUUAUAUAGUGGGCGCAAGUUUAGUAGUAGAUGUAAAUUGUAAACCAAGUAUGUUAUCUGUUUUAUUAUUGUUAGAUUGUCUUAUGACUAGUUGACAGUGCCUACUUAAAUGGAUUAAUGUUGUAGAUCAAUAAGUGAUCUAAAAUCGAUUAAAUAUUGGUAUACAACGAGUUUUAUAAUAUUUUUUGGGACUAAGACCGGAUAAUGGAGGCAGGGGUCGCAAGGUAUCAUGGCUCCCAUUGAUUUUAGGGCUCCAUCUUUUAAUACAAUUAAAAAAUUUGUAAAAAUGGAAGUUAUGUGUUAUGACUUCGAUCAUUCAAGCAAGGGGUGUCAUAUUUCCCGAAUCCCCAUUUUCUCAACUUUUGUACCUAAUUAACUACCUAAUUUAAUUUUGUAUCAACAAAUAAAUCUAUGACAAAAAAUGUACUAUACCUACAUAAUAUUAUAUUAUACUACCCAGUGAGAGAACACUCCGAUUCUACGCGAUCACGCGAAACCCACAGCCAUGGAGACCGCUUCCACUAUGACAGGAUUGGACUUAGGAAUGCGCAGAAAUUCCGAUUUUCGUCGGGCCUCGCGAACAGAAUAUAGUUUCCAUCUUAAUUUUAUAAUAGGUACCUACCUCAAAUGUAACAAUUUGCUUGAAUUCCGAAAUAUUUAAUCAACAAGAUAAAAAUAUGUAUUACCUAUACUAUACAUUUCAACUUCAAGUUUGAAAAAAAUUGACUGCAUUAAAACUUAAGUAGAGAUUAUUUAAAUAUUAGGUUUUAUUUUAAUAUUCAUAAUAUAGUUUCCUAUUUCUAUUCAUACAUUAGUUGAAUUUAUUAUUUUCUAUAAAGAUCAAAGAUUAAAGAUUAAAGAGUAAUAAUAUUAUUUAUUAUAUCAACCUUUAAGGUAUAUAGAAUAUCAAAUAUGAGUACUUAUCUGUAAGUGUAAACAAUUACACGUUAGUUGUUUAUAUAACUAUAAACUAUAUAAAUCCUUGACUGAAAAAUCUCAACAUUUCAUGCUGUAACGAAAUGUAAAUUACAGUUAGUUUUCAACCCACAUCUAGUCAUGACAAUUAUAAAAAUGUUUUUAUUAUAAUGUAGAAAUAAAUAUUAUAUAAUAAAUUAUAUUUUAUUGUAUACGUUGGUAGUUGAUGGUUAGGUAGUAAAAAUAAGUAGAACAUAAUAUAAUAUAGAGGAUGGCACUUUAUUUGGAAGUUACGAAUUCUCCAAAUAGUCAAUGAUAACUUGUUCAAUAUCUAUUUAGGUACAAUGUGUACGUAUAGUAUAAAUGUAUAAUUAUUAGUUUAAUAACAAAUAAAUAAUACAAAUUGUGUCCCCCCACCCAUACAUUGGUAACUAUAAUUUAUUAUGUUUGAUCUCCUGCUAUAAUCUAUAUUUCAUAAGCAAACGAAUAAGAUGUUUAAAUUUUAUUCGGAUAUACCUAAUCCUGUAUCCUGUAUGUAUAAUUGUAGGUAUAUACUUACUGUAAGUCUAUAUACAUAUAGGUACUUACCUAACUCUAAACCACAUUUGUAUAUUAUAUAAUUUAAUAAUUACCUAUAUAUUAUCUGAUUCAAAUAAUAAAUAAAUAAUAAAACUUUUAUAAUGAUAGAAUUUAAUCAUGUUUUAAUAAUUUAAUCACACAGUGUCGGUGUAUAGAACAAUAGUUACUAUGCCAUUAUUAUAGGAUAGAGUCUUUCAUAUUUUGUGUAAGUGUGUGAAAAAAUGUUUGGUUGUUACGAAAUAACUCAAUGUAAUUUAUAACAUUUUGCAACAAAAAAUUUGAAAGCUGUUGUAUUGUAUAUAAUAUUAUAAUUUAUAAACUAUCAUAAUAUUAUAGGUAUAUUUUAUUAUAUAUAAAUAAAAUAAGCCUUUAAACAGUAUGAACAAAUAUGUUUUUAUGUGCAAUAAACUAUAUUUAUAAUAUAUUAUAAUAAUAAUAAUAAAAAAAUAAUGAAUGAGUUUUUAAUAUAUCACAUUGUAAUUAUAAUGUAUAACGUUAUAAAUGUCUACUACCAAUUUUCUAAUAUUUUAUUAUUUUAAGUCUUAACCCUGUAAAAUAUAAUAAUAAUAGUAGUACCUAUAAUUUUUUUAAUUAUACCUACAACAGAAAAGCUUUUUAAAUGUUUUUAUUUGUUUGAAUAGUUGGAUUCUCCAGUUUAUGUAGGUAGUAGGUACAUUACGUCAUUACCUAUAUAGGUAGUACAGUCAGGGAUAACUUUACAACUAUAUUUUUUACGAUCUCCGUUCUCCGAAUUUUGGUCGGCUUAAUUUAUAAUUGAAUAAAAUACCUAUUUAUAGUUAAAGUAAAAAAUAUAUUAUAAGGUGAGACAGGUGAGUACUGAGUAAUUAUAAAUCCAAGAAAACAUAACCAUGAAAAAAGGGUCAAGUCUCAAACUCAAAAUAGUUCUUCAAAAAAAGUCUGCCAAUCAGAUAUAAUUAGUGGUAUCUACAUUGCGGUCAAGUCUGUUUUUUCUCAACACAAAUACCGAUGAGCCUGUUGGUCCAGGAGACCUUAGUGGAGACCCUCGAUCUCCUGUCCAAUUCCCAGAUGAUGUUCUUCCAUUCGAUGGCCUUGAUAUUCACGUGGGAGAA